UGUUUUUAAGGUUAUGGUUACGAUUAUGUUUUUGUUUAAAUAUUAUUCGUAAUUUUGUUUAUUAAUGCAUAUGUUCAAAAAAUUUGAAGGUUAAUAUAGUAAAAUUAUACGAUUCAGACGUAAUAAAAUUUUAGUUACCAAACGAUUUAAAUGUUUAGUAUUCAGCAUUCAAGUACCCCUCUUAACCAUUCAAAUAUCGAUUCAACAUUCAGUAUUAAGCACUUAAUACUAUCAAACAUAGCCUAAGUAAAAGUCGAAAAAAUCCCCAAAUUAGUAGGGCUUUUCAAAUUACGAACAAAAGCCCAAUGGUAAGAGCGAACGUGUCUCUUCUGAGAAGCGCCGGCGCCGGAAUAAGCACCACUCUCGCCGAGAUUCUUGUCUGCCCACUCUCCAAACAGCCCUUACGUCUUUGCGAGAAAACCAAUUCGCUGAUCAGCGAUUCCAUCGGCGUUUCGUUUCCGAUUGUCGAUGGAAUUCCUCGCCUUGCGCCGGCCGACGGAACGAUACUCGAUGCGGACGAUAACUCCGAUUCCGGCGGUGUAGAAGAUUCGCAGGAUAAGGAUUCAAGUGAGAAGAAGUAAGCAUCUUUCAUAUUUCUAUUUUUCACCCUAUAAUUUGCAGAAAUGGUGUUUUUCACCCUAUAUUUACGAUUAAUUCAAUCGUGAUGGUGAACUUUUGCUCGAUUGUUAUGCUUAUUCUAUGUUAAAUCCAUCUAUUUUUCUGAUGUUAUUGGCCCUUUAGGAUUAAAACUAAUUACAUAGUUGAUUUAUUAUAUAUGUGUGUAAGAGUGUAAACGAAUCGAGUCGCCUUAUUGUUACCAUGCUUCAAAGUUGUGUUCUGAGCUUGGUUUGAUUAGCAAUCGAGUCGAACUCGAACGAGCUUUAAUCGAGCUCGAAUAA